UUAUUUGGAUAUAACUGCAUUUGUUGGUAGUUUGUAUUCCUGACCACAGGGGGGCGAUUACGCACAGCUGUACGCACAGCCAAAACAUUACAGAAGAAGACUGUGCCUCCACGACACUCGCCACUUCUCUACUUUUCUCUCUCAUCCGGUCAUCGUGGUCGUAUUUUGUGUUUUGUGACACAUGGCCUUCGCUCUGCCGGUGUGGCUCGCCCUCCAGGAGGAGCUGCUCAGACACUCGGAAUCGGACAGCGACACCCGGAGCUGCUUCGACGACUUGGACGAUGACGCUUUGUUCCAGAUGUUCCACCUCACCAGACCCUGCCUCACCUUCAUCACAGACGCCGUCCGGAGCCGCAUGAAGACGCAACCUCAGUUGAAACCGGAGCUGCCCCUGGACGCCAUGGUCAUGCUGGCUCUCAACUAUUACGCGCACGGCAUCUCCUCCGCCGCCGUGCUGCAGAGAGUCGGCCUGAGCCAGAUGGACCAAGCCGCCGCCGCCAUCGCCGCCGUCUCCGGGAUCAUCGCGGGCAUGUCCGAGCAGUUCGUCUCGUUCCCGCUGACCCCAGACGCCAAAGCCAACGUCGCCGUGAAGAUCAAGGAGCUGUGCGGGAUCCCCAACGUGCUGGGGAUCCUGGCUCCGGCUCACUUCAAGAUCCGAGCGUCCCCGUACGAGAGGAGCUCCUUCAGGUCCUUCGUCAACACCCUGGGCUACACGUCCGUGGUGAGCCAGAUCAUCUGCGACUCCGAGGGCAACGUCCUCAGCGUGGAGAGGUGCUGCGUGGGCAGCACCGGCGAGCAGGAGAUGUGGGAGUCGUCGGACAAAGGGAGAGAGAUCGAGAAGGAGCUGCUCGGACAGUUCUGGGUGAUCGGUGGAAGAGGAUACCACUUGAGCAAAAAUGUCCUGCCUCCUCUGGCAGCACCAGCGACUGACAGCGAGAACCGCUUCAACGAGGCCCACGCAAAGAUCCUGAACGUCAUGCGGAAAACGCUCGGCUCCAUGAAGAGGCGCUUCAGGUGUCUGAUGCAACUCGGCUUCGCAAAAGAAGCCACUUUGAACAAAAAGUCCAACAUUAUCAAGACGUGCUGUGUCCUGCACAACAUCGCAAUGAAGUUCUCCGUCCCUCCCCCGCCCGCAGCGGGUAAAAUUGAGCCCCUACAUCAGGGCAGGCAGCUCGCAGCUACAGGAGAGGUCAACACAGAGGUCCUGCAAGCUCGACAGAAAGUCAUCGAGAGUAGCUUUUCUUUACCUUCCAGUAGCUCGGACCCGCCGGGUGACAACCCAACAGAGGAGAAAGAGUGAGGUGUGUUCUCGGAAGCAGGAGAGGAGCAUCGUUGACACAUGAAGGAGAAACACUGGAACUGAAACACAGCACACGUCGCUGGAGUUUCUCAGUCUGAGGCUCGUUGCUCACUGUUACGCUUCAGUUUUGAAACCAAUGUGUAACCAUGACAGCAUUCAGUUUUUUAAACGUUUGCAGACUUGAUGAAACACAUUCAGGUAUCUGUUAAUACAAAAUAUUUUAUUUCUUGUACAAAAGAUA